AUGCUCGGACCACUGCGUAGCUCCUCACUUCUCCUGGCUACACUGUUGUUGGUCACAGCACCAGUACCCGUACACAGCAACAAACUUUGCAACCCUUGGAAGCCUGUCAUCGCAGACCUCAAGACGUCAUUCAAAGGCUGCAAUGCCGAUGCCAGGAUGGCGAUGCGUGCAGCUUUUCAUGACUGCUUCCCUGGCAGCUGCGAUGGUUCAUUGAUCCUUGCCAACGAAUGCAACGAUCGUCCUGAUGACAACGGAGCCCUUGUCCCUAUUUGCGAAAGCUUGGCCCAAAAGGCGCUCGACUUUAAAGUCGGCACAGCAGAUCUGAUACAAGCUGCCGGUGUCGUCGCCAUCACCUCCUGCGCCGGACCACGGACAUACUUCUACGUUGGCCGCAAGGACUCUUCAGUGCCAAGCCCCGAGGGCCAGCUCCCAAACAGCGAGUCCACGGCCCAGCAGCAGAUUGACGCCUGCAAGGCCAAGGGCUUCACGACCGCGGACCUUGUCGCCAUGGUCGGCGCACACAGUGCCGGUGUCAGCCAGCAGGGGCUGUCGUUCGACUCAACGCCCGAGAAGCUCGACAGCAACGUCUUCUACCCCGAGACUGCCAGCGAGAAGACCCCGACGUCGCUGCAGAGCGACGUCGCCUUGAGCAACGAUACCCAGACAAAGGCCGCUUGGAAGAACAUGGGUCGAAGCAAUUUGCUUUGGAGAGCCCAGUUUGUUACUGCCAUGCGCAAAGUAACCCUCAUGGGGAAUAAUGUGAGAAGCUUGACGGAUUGCAGUUACAUGAUAUAG